AGGUGUUACAAUGGAGUCCCUGGAUGCAACAUUCAAUAGUUACCUGGAUGUUUGGCUUGGGCCAAGAGAUCCCAGAGUAAAAGGAUGGUUUCUCUUGACGAACUACAGACCUACCUUUAUCUUCUCCGUCUUCUAUUUAUUAACUGUAUGGCUAGGACCAAAGUAUAUGCGGAACCGACAGCCGUUUUCAAACAGGGGAGUUCUAGUGGUCUACAAUAUCGGGCUCACUCUCCUGUCCUCGUAUAUGUUUUAUGAGCUGGUGACGGGAGUAUGGGAAGGAGGAUACAAUUUCUUCUGUCAGGAUACGCACAGUGGAGGUGAAGCCGAUAUGAAGAUUAUACGGGUCCUCUGGUGGUAUUACUUCUCAAAGUUCAUUGAAUUUAUGGAUACUUUCUUCUUUAUAUUACGGAAAAAUAACCACCAAAUCACCGUUCUUCAUGUGUUCCACCAUACAACGAUGUUGAAUAUUUGGUGGUUUGUUAUGAACUGGGUGCCUUGUGGCCACUCAUAUUUUGGUGCCACUCUCAACAGCUUUAUUCAUAUCCUCAUGUAUUCCUACUAUGGGCUAUCUGCUAUCCCAUCUAUGCGUCCAUAUCUCUGGUGGAAGAAAUACAUCACUCAAGGGCAGUUGAUUCAAUUUGUCCUGACAAUCAUCCAGACAAGCUGUGGGGUCGUUUGGCCCUGUCGGUUCCCUAUGGGAUGGUUAUACUUCCAAAUCGGUUACAUGCUGAUCUUGAUUAUCCUUUUCACAAAUUUCUAUGUCCAGACUUACAACAAAAAAGCAGCAUCCAGAAGGAAAGAAUAUCAGAAUGGGUCUGCAGCUGCUAUGAAUGGGCACACAAAUAGCUUUUCUUCUUUUGGAAACAAUGUGAAGCAAAUAAAACAAAGGAAGGAUUGAAGACCAAGCUGAGAAAAAAAAAACUAUUCUGAUACCCCAGGCAACAAACAACAACAACAAAAUCUGAUUGUAAGCACAAUACGUGUUGUGCACUGAUAAUUCUUGACAGCUACUGUAACUAUUCCUGCCUAGAAUAGUGUUGAUUUAUGUAGGAUUUAACCAGUGCAAAACAUCCUAGAAACUAUCCAUAAGCUAAAGUUGAUUACGUUGAUAAUCCUGAAUGAUCAUAGACUGAAGCAUAAAAUGCGGAAGGAAGUAUUAUUGUAGUAUGACAGUCACUGCUGUUGCCUUACUUAGUUGAUAUAAUAGGUGCUGAAUUAGGAUUCACAAUUCCAAAACGGUAAUUCAGACUCAUAUUUUUAACUGUAGAUACUGCAUGUUACUGUAAUUUGUAUGACAAAAAUUCAGUUCCCUUUUUUUUCCCCCCCAAUAGUUUAAAACACACAUGCCUUAAAUCAAAAAUAAAAGCAGGGCCUAAAAUCUUAAUUUACCAGUUUGAAAAUGUAUGGGACUGUUUCAUUCUAAGAGGGCAGCUUCUCAAAUGGCAUUUUUAUUGCCCUGGUACGGAUACCAAAUCUUGGAGAAACACAGGGUCGUCGAUGAAAAAUUCACGUACAUGGGAUACAUGUGGGUCUCCCCCACGUGUUCAAGCGGACAGCCUCAUUUCCUGUGGAGGGAUUAUAUAUUUCCAAAUCGGUGAUAGGAUCCCCUUAAUUGACCCUUUUCACAAAUGACUAUCUUCAGGUCUAGAAUAUCAAAAUGUCUAUUUACUAUACAAGUGGUACCCCCAGAAAGGUAGGGUUAAACCCUUCACACAUGCAGUAUGCUGCACGUCUCCUUCAGCCCAGGUGCAACAUUUAAUUCCUUUCACAAAUUUUUAAAAAAAUGCAGUGGGCUGUCUUAUAAUGUGCGAUAGCGGGCACACUCAAAGGCACUCACGCUUUCUGUUUGAAAUGACACCAGUGCUUUAAAAAAGAUAUAUAUAUAGCCCUUUAAUUUUGUCAGGACUUGUUCUUUGCAGCAGUUUACCUUUUAAAAGUAAUUGCCCCCCCCCCCUUCCAUUAACUUUUAAUAAGUCAUGGAAAUUGCGUCUUUGCUUUUGCAGUGUCUAGAAUGGGAUGCUGACUCUAAACAUUUCAAGAUGCUUGGAGGGGGGGCUAGCCUACUAUCAUUCACCCACCAAAACGUUUCCAGUGUUGCAUCCCGAAAAUGCUUGCUGUUUCCUUUCCAAACAUCUGGCGACAUCUGAGAUGAAGCCAGCUUCCCUCUUCCCCUUGAAGAAGGCGCAGCUCCUCCUUCUUUUCCCGUGUCUUUCCCCUCCCUCGAAAAACCCUAGAAUGAGUCUUCAGGUGGGGCCAAAGAAAAGGGAUCGUGAUUAAAUUGCGAAGCAGAUCUCUGAAAAUGACAGGUGUUGAGCAGCAUAUUCUCAUGACUGACAGCAUUGUUUCAGCCACACUUGAAAGCUAUUUCUGGGCAAAUCUAGCAUUUGCCUUGGUUUUCCUAGAUUUUUUUGGCCAAUUGUUGUAAUUGCAAUUUUAAGAAAACUUUAGGAUGAACCCUGGCUUUCUCCCUCCCUUCCUCUGCAGUAUUGAAGCCGGAGUUUACUUGAGAAUGAGUAGUGUAGAGAAGGGAAGGCUGCAUCUGUUAAGGGAAACUUUUCUGCAAAAUAGGGGAUCUGCCCCAACACAAAUAGGAAUCCUUCCAUUCAUGCAAGCAACUCCUGGAUCCAACUCAUUGACUUUAGAAAAUGUGCCUCUAGUCAAAUGUUCUCCAGUUUUUGCCUUUUCAGAGUGUUGCGUUAGCUCAUGUCAGGUUAUAGUUAUAUGACAAAUUCUUGGAACAAAAUGAGGUUUGUUUCCUUUUGUCCAUUCCUUCUCCGGUUGCUUGUGUCAUUGGACAUAUAUUUGGGACAUGCUUGUUGAAAUCUCCAUUGUAACUUGUUCCCUCCCACACACAAACCACCCAGAGAUCUAGAACAGUGUUGGUUGUUAAGCAGGUUAUCUGUAAAGAAAUAUACCGUGUAGAAAUGGUGGCGUUUUAAUCUGUUAACAUGCUAAUCUGUACUUUGCAUCAAGCCAUUCCCUCUCUCCUCGUCUCAAGUUUAUAUAUUAAAGAGUUUUAUGAUUUUAUAUUUAUACAGAUAUGAGUUUACCAUGUUCUCGCUCAGCUAAUGUUUAAGACUAAUUAUUUCUCUUUAUUAGCUUUGCAGAUUUGAUUUGUUUCUUCGGUCAAUCCCUCCCUCCCUGUUUCUGAAUGAGACAGCACUGGUUUACUUUGUGUGUGUGUGUGUGUGUGCCCCUAAGUGUGUAUGUGUGUGCGUGUUUAAUGUUCUCAAAACUUAUAUGUACAUGUCUUGGUUUCUAAGUAUUGAUUCGCAAAGUUUUCACAUAUUUCCUACAGCAGCUUUACCAUCCAAACAAGUUACGCUGCCUAAAUAUGUGUGUGCUAAAAAUUAAAAAAAAAAAACUUAGCUUGUCAGAAAUACCUGCAUUGUUAUGUUUUGUGUUUAAUCAUUAAAUCAUUCUUGAUACUUGU